GUUAGUCCUUAGUCAACGUUUUUGUUCUGUUAGUUAAAUGUUAGCUUUAGCUGUACUUGUUAUGUCGGAGAGUCGGUGGUUGUGUCGGUAGUGUCCAUCAAGACUAAGUAAGAAAGAAAGAAAAAGACAGAAUUCUAUGUGAUUUAUUUCGAUUUCAACGGUCGUACAUAUAUACAGGUUAGAAGUUUAACGUUGUUAAGGGUGAGUCAGGACAUCAUUUGCAAACGUUGUUCAUCGUGAUUGUGGUGCUAAGAUGGCUCGUUCAAUACUGAAAAAGGAGUCCCAACAUAUCCAGGCAUUUGCGCGCCUAAGGCCAUUUAAUAAGAUUGAGUUGGAGUGUCAUGCAAAGCAAUGUCUGGAGAUCAGUGGGAAGGAUAUAAUUGUUCAGUUGCCCCAUGGCAGUAAACGGUUCAUGUUUGAUAAAGUUUUUGACACAAACUCUAAACAAAAGGAUGUGUACUUCACAAUUAUUGCCCCGAUUAUUGAGGAAGUCAUGAAGGGGUACAACUGCACAGUGUUUGCAUAUGGACAAACGGGCACUGGAAAAACGUACACAAUGGUUGGCAAUCAGACAUCAACGUCUAUAAGUUAUACACAACAUUCCGAUGCAGGUAUCAUACCCAGAACACUUGGACAUCUAUUUGAGACCUUGAAAAGUAACUCUGACAUGGAUUUCACAGUGCGUGUAUCAUACCUGGAAAUGUAUAAUGAAAUUAUAAUUGAUUUGCUGUCCACUGAAGAAAAAAUUUUAAAGAUUUAUGAAGACCAGAAGCACAAAGGAUCUGUGCAAAUACAUGGAUUGGAGGAAGUGACUGUUUUUGAUAAAAAUCAGGUGUUUGAGAUUCUUCAGGCAGGUUCGGAAAAGAGGAAAACCGCGGCGACGCUGAUGAAUACGCAAUCCAGCAGAUCUCACACAGUUUUCACGAUCACGCUACACAGCAGAGAAACGACUCCAGAUGGCGAAGAGUUGGUGAAAACUGGCAAACUCAAUCUCGUCGAUCUGGCAGGAAGUGAGAACAUACUGAAGUCCGGUGCGGUAGAGAAGAGAGCUAGGGAGGCGGGUAACAUUAAUCAAUCAUUGCUUACUCUGGGCCGCGUGAUCAAAGCUUUGGUAGAAAAAAGCCCGCAUAUCCCGUACAGGGAAUCCAAAUUGACUAGGAUUUUGCAGGACAGUUUGGGUGGCAAAACAAAAACCACCAUCAUAGCUACUGUCUCACCAGCCUCCAAUAAUAUAGAAGAGACAAUAAGCACAUUGGAUUAUGCUUUUCGAGCAAGAAACAUAUAUAACAGGCCAGAAGUUAACCAAAAGAUGUCCAAAACAGCUCUAGUAAAUAAAUAUUUAGCGGAGAUCGAUAGCCUCAAAAAGGACUUGCACGCAGCCCGGAGCUCUGAAGGAAUAUAUUUGAACCCCGAGAAUUACUAUUCGUUUCUGGAGGAGUCUGAAAAGACGAAGCAGGAACUGUUGAAAACCGUUGAGGAAUGCUCGAUUUUCGAAAGCCGGGUGCAGGACAUCGAAAAAACGAAGACUGACUUGGAAGAGCUUUAUAAUCUUACGAAAAAGGACCUGCAGGUGUCUGCAUAUUCGUUGUCUAAAUCUAAAGACAAUUUAAAGAAGUUGAGGAAGCAAAGACGUAUCCACCAAAUACUCAUCGACAAAUAUGAUGAAGCGCAAACUAAUCUUAUGAAGGACAGAAGUGCUCUAGCGACAACUUUACAGAAUUGUCUUAAGGACUCUCAACUUUUACACGACAAAGUUGAGAAUCUGUACGGGGUUAUUGGUAGCAAUACAAGCUCGUCGCAAACGUGGCGGGAGUCUUACGACAAACAUCACACGAAGUUUAUGUCGAAUGUGAAGAAGUACCAUACGAAUUUGGGACAUAAAUUCGGCGACUUGAAUGCGUUGAUGACUGCCUACAAUGAAUUCUUUGAGAAAACUUUGCUGCAAUUAUGUGAAGAGGUACACCGGGACAUGCACGAGUCUAGUGAUGCAAUAAAGAAAAGCAGCGAAAUCACCAAGCAUUCUUACGAUUCGCUUGUAAAACGUGUUGUUGAGAGGAAUGCUCAUAUAGUGGAAGUCUUAGACAAUAUCCGCGAUUCACAUGUCGACUAUGUUUCGACUAGUAAAGAGCAUGUCCUUGAUAUGGAUUCUAGGAUUAAAGACUUCAACACAACAUUGACUGAAUGCUUAACUGACAAAGCUUUAGCUACUAUUGCUCAAGAUGAAUCAGAGAUGGAAAAUAGCAUGGAAGACAUGAAACGUACUAUUAGUGAAUUGAAAAAAGCUAACGACAAUCACAUCGCUGAGAUUGAGGAAUGUCAUAAGUAUAUGUUAGUUGGUAUGCAGAAAAUUAAAUCUGCUGAAGAGAAUGCCCAGAAGAAUGCACUCUAUAUUCAAUCAGUAGAGAAGAAAGCACUGAAAGUAGCGAAAUGCACGGAUAAGGCGAUUGAUAACAUGAAAUCGUUUUGUACGAAAACGCACGAAAUUGCUACACCUAUAUUUAAAAGUCUAGAUGAAAAUUCAGAAAAGCACUAUGUUCACAUAGAAGAGUUGUUGGGCUAUACGAUGGAGUCAUUAUCUAAUGUGCAAACGGAAACUAAUGAUAUAUGUGAAUUUGAGAAGAAUGUUGCCGAAUUGAACAAGGAAUAUUCGGAGAAGAUGGCCAGCGAAUCUCAUAAGCUUAAGAAAACUGGUGAAUCAGUGAAAGCACAUUGCGAGGGAUGGAAAACGGAUGUAAAGGGACAAGCGAUGGAGUUUGAAAAACGUAAUGAUGAAGUGAUAGCUGACAUAAAGGACAUGCAUUCAUGUAUUACGGAGUCAUUGCAACAAAGCAAAGAGCUGGUUGCUAAUUAUUUCAAACAGUUGGUUGAUGCUAAACCGACGGGAGAUACACCGUUGAGGAAGGAAACUGAUGUGAAGUAUCAGACUCCGAAGAGGGUGUCCAAGAAUAUUAUGGAGAAAUUCUCCACGGAAUUUGAGGAUUCGAUAAUUGAAGUUGAUGAUAGUGAUAUUGAAGUAGAAAGUUUACUGGCGACACCAGUCCGGGAGAAUGGUGACAGUAGUGCGCAAAGUGCGGACAAACGCAAAAGUUUUAGUCCUAACGUAGAUUCAGCCUCACCUUGAAGAAUGCUGUUUAUAUAACGUUUUCUGUGUUAUGUGUUAUUAUGUAUAUGGUUCUAUAUGAGAUAAUUCAAAUAAAUGUAUUU